CGGUCUGGUCAACAUUCAAACUUCAAAGGCUUAAAGGAAAGAGCCCUAAUUUCCGAAAGGGGAAAAGCAAAGCCAUGAAUCUUCUUCAUGCUCUUGUUCUUCUUCUUCCUCCUCUGGCGCUGGGCAGCAUUCGUGCAGACGCGAUCGCUCCCUCCGGCCCGGCGGUGGAGGACUGUCAAUCGCUCCAACCGCUGCUCUCGCCGUGCGUACCUUACGUCCAGGCCCGCCAGGCGGCUCCAUCGGACGAUUGCUGCACGGGUCUUGAGCACGUCGUCCGAUCCAAUGCGAGCUGCGCCUGCGAUCUCGAGCCCAUGGCCUCGGGCGUCGCGAGAGACAAUGUGACACUCGCCAUGCUCGAUCUUCCCAAGCUCUGCAGCCUCGCAGUCUUUGAUCCCUCUUCCACUUGCAACAUCCAAGCGAGCUCUUUGUCACCACCUCCAAGUUUCAUGCCCCCUACACCACUGAUACUCUCGUCCGCGGAUUAUUCCUGGAGUUCACGGCCAUGGAUGCUCCCAGUCUUUUUCGUCGCGAUAGAUUUUUUUCUCAUCUAUCAGUUUUCCACUCGAUUCGAUGCAGCUGCGCAAGUAAAAAAGUGAUUUUGUUCUUUAUUAGUUCGUUGCCAUCAAGAGAAAGACUAACGGACUAAACAAAUGCAAGCUUUUGGUUUGUUUUC